UUCACUUCCAAUUUAAAGAAACAGCUUUAUUUCCUCCUGCAGAAAGUCGGAAACCCCAAAACCAAGUGAAAUCUUGAUACGAUUCAUCAGCAAUGGCUUCCUCUUCUCUUCUCUCUCUCUCCACAUCAUUCCCAACCACCAGAGUAACAUCUCCAUUCAAGGGAAAUGUAAGUACACUCAAGACUAGUUCAUCUCAAUUCCCAUCCCUUAGGGGUAAACAACAACAAAAGUCACUACUCGUAAAAGCUUCAUCUGCUUCGAUCCCUACUGCUGUAGUUUCAAGUCCAAGACUUAGGUUAGACAAUUUAGGACCACAGCCAGGUUCAAGGCAUAGGCAAAAGAGGAAAGGAAGAGGUAUUGCAGCUGGACAGGGAAACAGUUGUGGGUUUGGUAUGAGAGGUCAAAAAUCAAGAUCGGGACCUGGUAUUAGAAGGGGUUUUGAAGGGGGGCAAAUGCCUCUUUACCGUAGAGUUCCAAAAUUGAGAGGAAUUGCUGGAGGUAUGAAAGCGGGUUUACCGAAGUAUCUUCCUGUCAACUUAAAGGACAUAGCUACUGCUGGGUUUAAAGAUGGGGAAGAGGUAUCGCUAGAAUCGUUGAAGUCGAAGGGUUUGAUUAACCCAUCUGGAAGAGAAAGAAGAUUACCUUUAAAGAUUUUAGGAACUGGCGAUUUGGAUGGCAAGCUGAUCAUUAAAGCUGGUUCUUUCUCAGCAUCAGCAAAAGAAAAGCUUGAAGCUGUUGGUUGCACCAUGACCGUUAUUCCUGGCAGAAAGAAGUGGGUAAAACCAUCAGUUACCAAAAACAUAGCACGUGCUGACGCAUACUUUGCCAAGAAAAGAGCUGAAGCUGCCACUGCUGCUGAGGCAGCUUCUGCUUGAACAUAUUUGACGACGGCCGAGCCAUAAAAACCAUGUGAAGUAGAGAGGUGUUUAGAAGGAUUUUCCACUCUUUCUAGUGUAAGUUCUUUUAACAUAAUGUUGUAAUUUGAUAGGAUUCCGUCCAUAUGUUCACUGAAUCAAUCGAAAUUUUUUUGAGCAAACUCGUUCUUACAUGUCUAAUUCUCCGUAUGAAACACCAUUUCUCCUCCUUAAUACAUUUCAGUUAGUUGGAGAUUGUA